AACAUGGCACAUGUCAGCACCUCUUGGGCUCUGCUCCUGGCUGCAGUGUGCGCUCAGCUGGUUGGAGCUCAGUUCCCCCGGGCUUGUACUACUGUGGACGCUCUAGUGAGCAAGAGGUGCUGCCCGCCUCUGGGCUCCGAGCUAGAAAACGUAUGUGGCUCCCUGCAAGCCCGGGGCCAGUGUGUACCAGUGGUGGUUGAUGAGCGGCCGUGGAGUGGUCCGUACACAUUACGCAAUGUGGAUGACCGGGAGCGAUGGCCACUGAAGUUCUUCAACGCCACCUGUCGGUGCACCGGAAACUUUGCAGGUUAUAAUUGUGGAGAAUGUAAGUUUGGAUGGACAGGACCGAACUGUGACCAGAGGAAGCCACCAGUUGUCCGUAAAAAUAUACAUUCCUUAACUCCACAGGAGAGAGCUCAGUUCCUGGAUGCGCUGGAUCGUUCAAAGAACACCAUUCAUCCCGAUUAUGUAAUUGCUACUCAGCAUUGGCUUGCUAUUCUGGGGCCUAAUGGAACCCAACCACAAGUAUCGAACACCAGCAUCUAUAACUUCUUUGUCUGGCUUCAUUACUAUUCCGUCAGAGACACUUUGCUGGGGCCAGGACGUCCAUUCAAAGCUAUUGAUUUGUCACAUAAGGGUCCUGCAUUUGUUACUUGGCAUCGAUACCACUUGUUGCGGCUUGAGAGAGAUUUACAGAGAAUGCUUGGCAAUGACUCCUUUGCUUUGCCAUACUGGAAUUUUGCAACUGGCAGGAAUGAAUGUGAUGUCUGUACAGAUGAACUGUUUGGUGCCCCCAGACCAGAUGAUCCCACUUUAAUCAGUCUUGGUUCCAGGUUUUCACGCUGGGAGAUAGUUUGUGACAGUCUGGAUGAGUACAAUCGUCUUGUUACCCUGUGCAAUGGAACCGAUGAAGGCCUUAUUCGCCGGAGCCCAAUAGACACAUCUGGUGGACGACUGCCAAGUACGGAGGAUUUACAGAAAUGUCUUUCCCUUGCAGAGUUUGACAAUCCUCCUUAUUAUACAAACUCUACCUUUAGCUUCAGGAAUGCACUUGAAGGCUUUGAGGACCCUGAUCGAACAUUGGACUUUCCUGUAAUGAAUCUCCAUAACCUCGUCCAUGCUUUCCUAAAUGGAACCAGUGGCUUGCCCCACUCUGCAGCUAAUGAUCCCAUAUUUGUGGUUCUGCAUUCUUUUACUGAUGCAAUUUUUGAUGAAUGGAUGAAACGUUUCCAGCCUUCUGAUGCAGUGUGGCCUCAAGAACUGGCACCAAUAGGACACAACCGCCUGUACAACAUGGUGCCUUUCUUUCCUCCAGUAACCAAUGAUGCACUGUUCACUCCUGCAGAAGAGCUAGGCUAUACAUAUGCCAUUGAGCUUCCAGAUACUGAUGCAGACAGUCGGGCAGCUGGAGUCCUUGUGGCAUCCACUGUUGGAGGAGCUCUUAUUGCCUUAAUUGUAGUUCUACUGCUUCUUCUUCUCUUCACGCACAGAAAACAGCGACAAGGCUUUGAACCACUGAUGAAUGCAAAAUACCAAACCACAAAAUACACAGAAGAUGCCUAAAGUGAUUUCAGUGUGCUGCUAUCCUAACCUAACAAUACACUGUAGCUCUGCAUUUGUAUUCACAAAGUAUCUCAUUUUGGUU